GAAAGGUUCAAUGCAAGAAAACAUACAACAAUGAAGGAACUAGCCGCAGCCGCAGCAGCAGCAGGGGAGAAGAAGCCUCACGUUCUGGUGUUCCCGUACCCGGCGCAGGGCCACAUAAACCCGGCGCUGUCGCUCGCCAAGUGCCUCGCGUCGAAAGGCCUACGGAUCACCCUCAUCACUACCACACGUGUACGAAGAUCGGCGACAGUGUCGAUGUCCGCGUGGGACUCCAUGAUAUCCAUAGUCGACAUCGGGGAUGGCUCCGACGAGGCCGAGGAAUCCGAUACCAUGGACAAGAACCUUAAGCACCUACAAGCCGCGCUUUCAAAGAACCUCACGGAGUUCUUGGACAGCUCGCGCUGCUCUGCAGCUAAAGCCAUCGUGUACGACUCGACCAUGCCGUGGAUUCUCGACAUAGCUCAUGCGCGAGGUUUGCGCGCCGCGUCGCUCUUCACUCAGAACUGCGCCGUCUGCGCCGUGUACUACCAUAUCCAACAAGGCUCACUCAAAUAUCCUUACGAUCAAGAAGACGGCGGAGGAGAAGAUUGUGUCGUUUCGCUGCCUUCACUGCCUCCCCUGAAUGCGAAGAAGGAUUUGCCGUAUUUCGAUGCUUUUUCCGACCCCAAGCAUUCGCUAAUGAGGCUUCUCGCCGAGCAGUUUUUGAACCUGGAAAAAGUCGAUUGGAUUCUAUUCAACACGUUCUACAAGCUCGAGACUCGGAUUGUCGACUGGAUGGCGAGCCAAUGGCCGGCGAUCAAAACUGUAGGACCGAUGUGUUCGUUGCUGCAGUCGGACAAGAAAUACUUGAGCAAUGACAGCAGCAUGAUCAGUCUGUUCGAGCCGCGACAAGACGCCUGCGCCGAAUGGCUAAACUCUAAGGAAGCGAGCUCGGUUGUAUAUGUAUCGUUUGGCAGUUUGGCGCAACUCAAUAAAGAACAAAUGGAAGAAGUCGCGCUCGGGCUACUAACGAGCGACUGCUUCUUCUUGUGGGUAGUGAGAGCUUCCGAGCGCAAUAAACUCCCCAAAAACUUUGUCGAUGCAGCCGUGGGAAAAGGCCUAAUCGUCGAGUGGUGCCACCAGCCUCAGGUCUUGGCAAACGACGCCGUGGCGUGUUUCAUGACGCAUUGUGGAUGGAAUUCGACGCUCGAGGCAUUGGUGCAUGGCGUGCCACUUAUAGCCAUGGCGCAGUGGGUCGACCAAACGACGAACGCGAAGCUUAUCGAGGAUUUGUGGGGAGUCGGGACGAGAGUUAAAGCGCGGGAAGAUGGGAUUGUUGCAAGAGAAGAGAUCAGGAGGUGCGUCGAAUGCAUGAUUCGAGGAGAUCGCGCGAAAGAGAUGAAAAGAAACGCAGCGAAGUGGCAAGAAUUGGCUAAGGAGGCCGUCGACGAAGGGGGGACUUCGGCGACGAAUAUUGAGGCCUUCGUAUCGGAACUUAAGAACAAUUGAUGAAUGAUGUGUAUUUUUGUUCUUAUAUAAGAACACGUCCAGACUCAUUAGUAACUCCUUAUUAAUAGGAUUUUAAAAACGUUUUGUCUAUCGGAAAAUUACAAAAAAUAUCCCAGAAAUAUCAACUUUUUUGCAAACAUUUUACCAGAGAGAUGAUGGAAUAUAUUCUGCAAUUUUCUCUUUUGUCUA